CCCAGAAAUUCGAAACCGCGUAUCCCUUCUUCUUCCUUGCACCAUGUCCGACAGCCCUGAUCACACUUCCACAUCGCCACAAACGCCCACGCCUCUGACACGAGAAGAAGAACUGCUCAAAGAGAAGCAGGAAUGGGUUAAAUCCAUUCGCCUGAAAUUCUGCCGUCGUCCUGAAUUCGAAAUCACAAAAAACAUGAUCCAUGACGACGGAACCCUGAAUCAAGAUUAUUUCCGCCCCCCAAAAGGCAGCAAACCAGAGGAAGUACGAAAGUGGACUGAUGUAGAGAAGAGUCUGCUCAUUGAGGGUAUCGAGAAACAUGGUAUUGGUCACUUUGGUGAAAUUUCAAAGGAGCUGUUACCGAAAUGGUCCACCAACGAUUUGCGCGUCAAGUGUAUCCGCUUGAUUGGUCGACAAAAUCUUCAGUUGUAUCGAGGCUGGAAAGGCAACGCUGACGAUAUUGCUCGAGAAUAUGAGCGAAACAAGGAAAUUGGUCUCAAAUACGGUACAUGGAAGCAAGGUGUUCUUGUGUACGACGACGAUGGAUUGGUGGAAAAAGAGCUUUUAGCAUCCAAGGCGCAGGAAAAUGAUAUUGAAAUGAGCGGAUAAGAAGUCACUGUGCCUUGCGAAUCUAGUGUAUAUAUAUUUUGCUGAAGACAACCAUGCUAUGCCCGAUCGAGUGAUUGCAUUUUAAAAGAAAAAACUAUUUCAUUCACAAUCAUUUUUAUAAAAACUCGUUUUUCGUGC